UCCUGGCACUACUGGUUUUCCUGCCCUGGCGUCAGCCGCAAUGGCAAAGCCAGCACCCCAAGCAUUCGUGUACCGGAUCAGCACGGCCGAUGAGUGGGCGGAGCUUCAGCGCACGGGCGCCACCCUCGGCGGCGACCUCGACCGUUCCACCGCCUGCAUCCACCUCAGCGACCUAAGCCAGGUGAAGAUGACACUAAAGAACUUCUUUCUUGGAAGGAAUGAUCUAUACCUACUACAAAUUGACACUUCCAAGCUUGCAGAUGGGUUAAUUUAUGAGUCAAGUGAUGAUAAUAACUACUUUCCUCAUUUCUAUGGCCCUGGUGGGAGCUUCGUACCUCUUCACCUAGAUGCUGUUGUCAAGGCGGACAGAAUAGAGAUUGUAAACAAUGAUUUUACCUGCAGUCUACUUGAUGGAAGUGAUCUCUCAUGCUGAUUCAUGGAGUUUCACCCUUGUCUUAGCAAUGUUCAUUCUUUCUUUAUAGGUACUAUGAGGUUGCCAUUCUCGGUGACAAUUUUUUCAGAAGUCACUCUUCCUCUCCAUGAUCAGACCCUGCUUCUUCCCAUCCAUCAGCAACUCGGUCUAGCCUCCUCCAGCAUUUCUGAUCCAUGUGAAUCCCUUUCACAGUACUUGUGUUCCAACUUUGCCUCCACUGGCCGUCAUGCCGGGCCAUCUAUUGGCAGCAUGACCGAUUGAUCAAGCUUGCAAGCCUUUCAUAACCGCAUUUGGAAUUGCCUCUUCCCAUCUGAGUGCCCCACACUGCCUACUUUCUAAGGGCUAAUAGUGUGCCUUUUAUUUGGGGAUUUGUCAGUUGAUAUUCAUGCUUUUGUCCCUGCUAAGUUGCAUCUUAGCUCGAGCAAUUCUUUUUUACGAAGUGUUUAAUGGAAAUGCUAUGCUGAGAAUUGUUUGGUA